UUUUCACUAUACUACAAGCCCUGCCUCUCCUCCUCCCCCAACUCUCUCCAACCCAUUUCCUCAUUCCCUUCAAGCACUGAUGUUAGUGAUGGAGCACGGGGAGCCUAACGUUGUCCAAGCUAACAACGGUGGGUUUAUUGUAGAGGACGAUUUCAUUGUAUCUCCCAAGUUGUCGAACUUGUCUAGGGCUACCUUUAGGAACAUGAAGCUGAGAGGAAGAAGUGGGCCUCAACCAGGCUGUAGACGCUAUAUCCUAGAUAAUAACUCCCCCGGAAAUGGGUGGUUGCUGCUUGGCUGGAUAGCGGAGGAGCGCGUCGUCGGCUCCGGGAGGGUCUAUAAGUGCUAUUAUGAUCCGUCUGGACGUAUAUACCGCACCCAAUACGAAGUUCUUCAUGCGUGGGAGCAAUCUGGAUUGGUCCUUCUAGACAUGUUCAGCUGGCUUUUCUCCACAACUGGAUCGUCAUCGUCUCUAUCUAACCGUGGCAGUUUUUAAAUUUCUGGGACUGUAGUUUACAAUGAUAAACAAUAAUUAAUAGAAUAUAGUUUUUAUGUAUCCUUUGGUUUAUUAACCAUGGGCAAGCUCGUUUGAAGUUUGAGUUUCUUUAGUUACUUCUCCUGCUUAUGUACAAUUGCCGAAGUAUCUAAAUUUUUUACUCAAAUUUUUGAGUUUUAGUUCGAAUAAUUUAAAUAAAUUUAA